CUGCGCAAGAGAGUGUCGAUCACCGAGUGGCGGAUGGAGCUGCUGUGGUAGUGAGUGAGCCCUGCAAGGACAGAGCCGCGGUGUUUACAGCGCGUCCCCCCGCACAGCUGGAGCGGAUAAUCGGCCAGGACAGCGCUGAGGACCGUAACCGUCGCCUGAGCGCCCGGUGAGAGAAGGUGAGCCUGUUAGCCGCUGUUACGCCGUCUAGAGUGAAGACCGCGUCACCCGGCCGCCAUGGUGGUGCUGCAGAGCUACUGCGAGGCGGGGGUCUCCAUGCAGCGGGUGUGGGUGGAGGACGGCCUGACCCCUUGCUUCUUCUUCACGCUCGUCCCGUCCGUCCUCCUCAGCCUGGCCCUCGUCCUCGGCGCCUUCCACGGCGCGUGCUACGGCCGCUACGGCACGCAGAUGGAGCCUAAGUAUGUGCCGCGCUCACGCCUCUACGGCCUGCAGAUGGCCCUCUCGGCGCUGCUGGUCCUCCAGGCUGUGAUCUGGACUGCGGUCAGGGCGGCGCUAGCAGGGAUCUACGGGUAUGUGGUGCUUUAUGGCUGCCUGACGGCUCUCGGGUGGAUCUGGGCCUGCGCCUCGCUCAGGCUGGAGCGCCGGAGGGUCCUGGUGAGGGAGCGGACGAGAGGGCACAGCGUGGUGCUGCUGCUGUACUGGGCGCUGGCGUUCGCGGCCGAGAACCUGGCCUUCGUGUCCUGGAUGAGCCCUCAGUGGUGGUGGGGGCUGGAGAGCACCGAGCAGCAGGUGGAGUUUGCGCUCUGGCUGGUCCGUUAUCUCAGCACCGGGAUGCUGUUCUUGUUAGGCCUCAAGGCUCCUGGGUUGCCACGGCGACCGUACAUGCUCCUCAUCAACGAGGAUGAGCGUGAUGUGGAAAAUGGAGGACAGCCUCUGCUGGGCGGUGCUGCUCAGAAUCAGUCAGCCUGGCGGGACUUCAGGAAGAAGGUGCGUUUGCUGAUGCCGUACAUGUGGCCCAGCGGCAGUGUUCUCCUGCAGCUGCUGGUGCUGCUGUGCCUCAGCCUGCUGGGGGUGGAGCGCGCCAUCAACGUCUUCGUGCCCAUCUACUACAAGAACAUAGUGAACCAGCUCACAGAUGACACCGCCUGGAAAACCGUGGCUGCUACAGUGUCUAUCUACGUCCUGCUGAAGUUCCUGCAAGGUGGUGGAGCUGGCUCCUCCGGCUUCAUCAGUAACAUGCGCUCCUUCCUGUGGAUCCGUGUGCAGCAGUACACCAGUCGUGUGGUGCAGGUGCGCCUGUUUGCCCACCUGCACGCGCUGUCUCUGCGCUGGCACCUCGGCCGCCGCACCGGCGAAGUCAUCCGCAGCAUCGACCGCGGGACCUCGUCUAUCGACAGCCUCCUCAGCUACAUCGUGUUCAGCAUCUUCCCCACCAUCGCCGACAUCAUCAUAGCCAUCAUUUACUUCAUCUCCUACUUUAACGCCUGGUUCGGCCUCAUCGUCUUUAUCUGCAUGGCCCUUUACCUCACUCUCACCAUCAUCAUCACUGAAUGGAGGACGAAGUACAGACGGGAUAUGAACACUCACGACAACAACGCCAAAGCCAAAGCAGUGGACUCCCUGCUGAACUUUGAGACGGUGAAAUACUACAACGCAGAGAGUUAUGAAGUGAGCCGCUUUGAGGAGGCCAUCCUCAAAUACCAGCUGUUGGAGUGGAAGACCAACGCCUCGCUGGCUCUGUUAAACCAGACCCAGAAUCUGAUCAUCGGCUCAGGCCUGCUGGCCGGCUCACUGCUUUGUGCUUACUUUGUCACAGAAGGCAAAUUCAAGGUGGGAGAUUAUGUCCUGUUUGGCACAUACAUCCUCCAGCUUUACACGCCGCUCAACUGGUUUGGCACGUACUACAGGGUGAUCCAGAGGUCCUUUAUCGACAUGGAGAACAUGUUCCAGCUCUUCACAGAGGAGCAGGAGGUGAAGGACGACGUGAAUGCGGGAAAUCUCGACUACAAACAAGGGAGGAUUGAGUUUGAGAACGUCUUCUUCAGCUACACGGAAGGGAAGGAGAUUCUGAAGGACAUUUCUUUCACCGUCCUGCCAGGCCAGACUGUUGCACUCGUUGGCCAGUCAGGCUCAGGGAAGAGCACCAUCAUCCGCCUGCUCUUCCGUUUCUAUGAUGUUCAAGGGGGCUGCGUCCGCAUUGAUGGCCAAGACAUUGCCAGGGUAAAGCAGGACUCUUUGCGGGCGCACAUCGGCGUCGUCCCUCAGGACACCGUCCUGUUCAACGACAACAUCCGCGAAAACAUCCGCUACGGCCGAGUCUCCGCCACGGAUCAGGAGGUGGAGGAGGCGGCCAUCGCUGCUGACAUUCAUGAGAGAAUUCUUUCCUUCCCAGAGGGCUAUGAUACCCAGGUGGGCGAGAGAGGUCUGAAGCUGAGUGGAGGAGAGAAGCAGAGGGUGGCCAUUGCUCGCACCAUCCUCAAAGCCCCCCAGAUCAUCUUGCUGGAUGAGGCCACCUCAGCCCUGGACACCCAGACGGAGCGCAACAUUCAGGCCUCUCUGGCUAAAGUGUGUGCCAACAGGACCACCGUUGUGGUGGCCCACAGGUUGUCAACCAUCAUCGGAGCAGAUCAAAUCCUUGUUAUACGUGAUGGACAGAUUGCAGAGAGAGGAAGACACGAGGAGCUGCUGGCUAAGGGAGGUCUUUACUCUGACAUGUGGCUCCGGCAACAGCAGGCACAGGACUCCGAUUCGGCCUCUGACACAGAAGCCAAAGACACGCAGCCCGAAAAACUACAGCCCCCAGCAUCCUCUGCGGCCCACAGGGGUCACUGACAGCCUUCGUACACUAAGGACGGGUGUUAAGCUUCAGAGGGUUUCAUUUUGCACCGAGCGUGCUGGCUUUAUGUUUAGUUUGAUAUACCUGUGGGUUUCAUAUGAGGCCAGUUCUCAAAACAUGAGGUAUAAUUUCA